AUGGGGACAUUAGGGUUUGAAAGGCGUGGAAGAAGAUUAGGUCGGAUCCUGCUUGUGGUUUCAGUGCUGAUCGCAGCAGCAUGGAACGCGGGGAUUCAGGUGCACGCGGCGCGCAGCGGCAAUCUCAAGGACGAAAUUUUCGCGGUGUUCGACGCCAAGGACGAGGGCCAGCUUUCAGACGAUGAUUUGCUGCUGCAGUCGUGGGACGACCUGAAGCGCCCCAGCAAGUUCUAUAACGGGUACAACGAGGUGGACCACUACGUCAAGCAAGGCAACUUGGCGGAGUACCUGGGGUUGAAGGCAGUGCGUGCCAUCCACGUGCCCAUCCCCGUCAACCUCAUCUUCAUCGGCUUCAAUGCCUCCACCGACCACGGUGGGUGGCAAUCGGGGUGGGUGGCAAUCGGGGUGGGUGGCAAUCGGGGUGGGUGGCAAUCGGGGUGGCUGGCAAUCGGGGUGGGUGGCAAUCGGGGUGGGUGGCAAUCGGGGUGGGUGGCAAUCGGGGUGGCUGGCAAUCGGGGUGGCUGGCAAUCGGGGUGGGUGGCAAUCGGGGUGGGUGGCAAUCGGGGUGGGUGGCAAUCGGGGUGGGUGGCAAUCGGGGUGGGUGGCAAUCGGGGUGGGUGGCAAUCGGGGUGGGUGGCAAUCGGGGUGGCUGGCAAUCGGGGUGGCUGGCAAUCGGGGUGGUGGCAAUCGGGGUGGCUGGCAAUCGGGGUGGCUGGCAAUCGGGGUGGCUGGCAAUCGGGGUGGCUGGCAAUCGGGGUGGCUGGCAAUCGGGGUGGUGGCAAUCGGGGUGGGUGGCAAUCGGGGUGGUGGCAAUCGGGGUGGCUGGCAAUCGGGGUGGGUGGCAAUCGGGGUGGGUGGCAAUCGGGGUGGGUGGCAAUCGGGGUGGGUGGCAAUCGGGGUGGGUGGCAAUCGGGGUGGUGGCAAUCGGGGUGGGUGGCAAUCGGGGUGGCUGGCAAUCGGGGUGGCUGGCAAUCGGGGUGGUGGCAAUCGGGGUGGGUGGCAAUCGGGGUGGGUGGCAAUCGGGGUGGUGGCAAUCGGGGUGGCUGGCAAUCGGGGUGGCUGGCAAUCGGGGUGGGUGGCAAUCGGGGUGGGUGGCAAUCGGGGUGGUGGCAAUCGGGGUGGCUGGCAAUCGGGGUGGCUGGCAAUCGGGGUGGGUGGCAAUCGGGGUGGGUGGCAAUCGGGGUGGGUGGCAAUCGGGGUGGCUGGCAAUCGGGGUGGCUGGCAAUCGGGGUGGGCUGGCAAUCGGGGUGGGUGGCAAUCGGGGUGGGUGGCAAUCGGGGUGGCUGGCAAUCGGGGUGGGCUGGCAAUCGGGGUGGGUGGCAAUCGGGGGGGUGGCAAUCGGGGUGGCUGGCAAUCGGGGUGGCUGGCAAUCGGGGUGGCUGGCAAUCGGGGUGGCUGGCAAUCGGGGUGGCUGGCAAUCGGGGUGGCUGGCAAUCGGGGUGGGUGGCAAUCGGGGUGGCUGGCAAUCGGGGUGGCUGGCAAUCGGGGUGGCUGGCAAUCGGGGUGGCUGGCAAUCGGGGUGGCUGGCAAUCGGGGUGGCUGGCAAUCGGGGUGGAUGGCAAUCGGGGUGGCUGGCAAUCGGGGUGGGUGGCAAUCGGGGUGGGUGGCAAUCGGGGUGGGUGGCAAUCGGGGUGGGUGGCAAUCGGGGUGGUGGCAAUCGGGGUGGCUGGCAAUCGGGGUGGCUGGCAAUCGGGGUGGGUGGCAAUCGGGGUGGGUGGCAAUCGGGGUGGGUGGCAAUCGGGGUGGGUGGCAAUCGGGGUGGGUGGCAAUCGGGGUGGGUGGCAAUCGGGGUGGGUGGCAAUCGGGGUGGGUGGCAAUCGGGGUGGGUGGCAAUCGGGGUGGGUGGCAAUCGGGGUGGGUGGCAAUCGGGGUGGGUGGCAAUCGGGGUGGGUGGCAAUCGGGGUGGGUGGCAAUCGGGGUGGGUGGCAAUCGGGGUGGGUGGCAAUCGGGGUGGGUGGCAAUCGGGGUGGGUGGCAAUCGGGGUGGCUGGCAAUCGGGGUGGGUGGCAAUCGGGGUGGGUGGCAAUCGGGGUGGGUGGCAAUCGGGGUGGGUGGCAAUCGGGGUGGCUGGCAAUCGGGGUGGGUGGCAAUCGGGGUGGGUGGCAAUCGGGGUGGGUGGCAAUCGGGGUGGGUGGCAAUCGGGGUGGGUGGCAAUCGGGGUGGGUGGCAAUCGGGGUGGGUGGCAAUCGGGGUGGCUGGCAAUCGGGGUGGCUGGCAAUCGGGGUGGGUGGCAAUCGGGGUGGGUGGCAAUCGGGGUGGGUGGCAAUCGGGGUGGGUGGCAAUAGGGGUGGCUGGCAAUCGGGGUGGCUGGCAAUCGGGGUGGCUGGCAAUCGGGGUGGGUGGCAAUCGGGGUGGGUGGCAAUCGGGGUGGGUGGCAAUAGGGGUGGGUGGCAAUCGGGGUGGCUGGCAAUCGGGGUGGCUGGCAAUCGGGGUGGGUGGCAAUCGGGGUGGCUGGCAAUCGGGGUGGCUGGCAAUCGGGGUGGCUGGCAAUCGGGGUGGGUGGCAAUCGGGGUGGGUGGCAAUCGGGGUGGCUGGCAAUCGGGGUGGCUGGCAAUCGGGGUGGCUGGCAAUCGGGGUGGGUGGCAAUCGGGGUGGGUGGCAAUCGGGGUGGCUGGCAAUCGGGGUGGGUGGCAAUCGGGGUGGCUGGCAAUCGGGGUGGCUGGCAAUCGGGGUGGCUGGCAAUCGGGGUGGCUGGCAAUCGGGGUGGGUGGCAAUCGGGGUGGGUGGCAAUCGGGGUGGGUGGCAAUCGGGGUGGGUGGCAAUCGGGGUGGGUGGCAAUCGGGGUGGCUGGCAAUCGGGGUGGGUGGCAAUCGGGGUGGCUGGCAAUCGGGGUGGCUGGCAAUCGGGGUGGGUGGCAAUCGGGGUGGCUGGCAAUCCGGGUGGCUGGCAAUCGGGGUGGCUGGCAAUCGGGGUGGGUGGCAAUCGGGGUGGGUGGCAAUCGGGGUGGGUGGCAAUCGGGGUGGGUGGCAAUCGGGGUGGCUGGCAAUCGGGGUGGCUGGCAAUCGGGGUGGGUGGCAAUCGGGGUGGGUGGCAAUCGGGGUGGGUGGCAAUCGGGGUGGGUGGCAAUCGGGGUGGGUGGCAAUCGGGGUGGGUGGCAAUCGGGGUGGCUGGCAAUCGGGGUGGGUGGCAAUCGGGGUGGGUGGCAAUCGGGGUGGCUGGAAAUCGGGGUGGCUGGCAAUCGGGGUGGGUGGCAAUCGGGGUGGGUGGCAAUAGGGGUGGGUGGCAAUCGGGGUGGGUGGCAAUCGGGGUGGGUGGCAAUCGGGGUGGGUGGCAAUCGGGGUGGGUGGCAAUCGGGGUGGGUGGCAAUCGGGGUGGGUGGCAAUCGGGGUGGGUGGCAAUCGGGGUGGGUGGCAAUCGGGGUGGGUGGCAAUCGGGGUGGGUGGCAAUCGGGGUGGGUGGCAAUCGGGGUGGCUGGCAAUCGGGGUGGCUGGCAAUCGGGGUGGCUGGCAAUCGGGGUGGGUGGCAAUCGGGGUGGGUGGCAAUCGGGGUGGGUGGCAAUCGGGGUGGGUGGCAAUCGGGGUGGGUGGCAAUCGGGGUGGGUGGCAAUCGGGGUGGCUGGCAAUCGGGGUGGGUGGCAAUCGGGGUGGGUGGCAAUCGGGGUGGGUGGCAAUCGGGGUGGGUGGCAAUCGGGGUGGGUGGCAAUCGGGGUGGGUGGCAAUCGGGGUGGGUGGCAAUCGGGGUGGGUGGCAAUCGGGGUGGGUGGCAAUCGGGGUGGGUGGCAAUCGGGGUGGGUGGCAAUCGGGGUGGGUGGCAAUCGGGGUGGGUGGCAAUCGGGGUGGGUGGCAAUCGGGGUGGGUGGCAAUCGGGGUGGGUGGCAAUCGGGGUGGGUGGCAAUCGGGGUGGCUGGCAAUCGGGGUGGCUGGCAAUCGGGGUGGGUGGCAAUCGGGGUGGGUGGCAAUCGGGGUGGGUGGCAAUCGGGGUGGCUGGCAAUCGGGGUGGCUGGCAAUCGGGGUGGGUGGCAAUAGGGGUGGGUGGCAAUCGGGGUGGGUGGCAAUCGGGGUGGGUGGCAAUCGGGGUGGGUGGCAAUCGGGGUGGGUGGCAAUCGGGGUGGGUGGCAAUCGGGGUGGGUGGCAAUCGGGGUGGGUGGCAAUCGGGGUGGGUGGCAAUCGGGGUGGGUGGCAAUCGGGGUGGGUGGCAAUCGGGGUGGGUGGCAAUCGGGGUGGGUGGCAAUCGGGGUGGGUGGCAAUCGGGGUGGGUGGCAAUCGGGGUGGGUGGCAAUCGGGGUGGGUGGCAAUCGGGGUGGGUGGCAAUCGGGGUGGGUGGCAAUCGGGGUGGGUGGCAAUCGGGGUGGGUGGCAAUCGGGGUGGGUGGCAAUCGGGGUGGCUGGCAAUCGGGGUGGCUGGCAAUCGGGGUGGCUGGCAAUCGGGGUGGCUGGCAAUCGGGGUGGGUGGCAAUAGGGGUGGGUGGCAAUCGGGGUGGGUGGCAAUCGGGGUGGGUGGCAAUCGGGGUGGGUGGCAAUCGGGGUGGGUGGCAAUCGGGGUGGGUGGCAAUCGGGGUGGGUGGCAAUCGGGGUGGGUGGCAAUCGGGGUGGGUGGCAAUCGGGGUGGGUGGCAAUCGGGGUGGGUGGCAAUCGGGGUGGGUGGCAAUCGGGGUGGGUGGCAAUCGGGGUGGCUGGCAAUCGGGGUGGGUGGCAAUCGGGGGGUGGGUGGCAAUCGGGGUGGGUGGCAAUCGGGGUGGGUGGCAAUCGGGGUGGGUGGCAAUCGGGGUGGGUGGCAAUCGGGGUGGGUGGCAAUCGGGGUGGGUGGCAAUCGGGGUGGGUGGCAAUCGGGGUGGGUGGCAAUCGGGGUGGGUGGCAAUCGGGGUGGGUGGCAAUCGGGGUGGGUGGCAAUCGGGGUGGCUGGCAAUCGGGGUGGGUGGCAAUCGGGGUGGGUGGCAAUCGGGGUGGGUGGCAAUCGGGGUGGGUGGCAAUCGGGGUGGCUGGCAAUCGGGGUGGCUGGCAAUCGGGGUGGCUGGCAAUCGGGGUGGCUGGCAAUCGGGGUGGCUGGCAAUCGGGGUGGGUGGCAAUCGGGGUGGGUGGCAAUCGGGGUGGGUGGCAAUCGGGGUGGGUGGCAAUCGGGGUGGGUGGCAAUCGGGGUGGGUGGCAAUCGGGGUGGGUGGCAAUCGGGGUGGGUGGCAAUCGGGGUGGGUGGCAAUCGGGGUGGGUGGCAAUCGGGGUGGGUGGCAAUCGGGGUGGGUGGCAAUCGGGGUGGGUGGCAAUCGGGGUGGGUGGCAAUCGGGGUGGGUGGCAAUCGGGGUGGGUGGCAAUCGGGGUGGGUGGCAAUCGGGGUGGGUGGCAAUCGGGGUGGGUGGCAAUCGGGGUGGGUGGCAAUCGGGGUGGGUGGCAAUCGGGGUGGGUGGCAAUCGGGGUGGCUGGCAAUCGGGGUGGGUGGCAAUCGGGGUGGCUGGCAAUCGGGGUGGGUGGCAAUCGGGGUGGGUGGCAAUCGGGGUGGCUGGCAAUCGGGGUGGGUGGCAAUCGGGGUGGGUGGCAAUCGGGGUGGGUGGCAAUCGGGGUGGCUGGCAAUCGGGGUGGGUGGCAAUCGGGGUGGGUGGCAAUCGGGGUGGGUGGCAAUCGGGGUGGGUGGCAAUCGGGGUGGCUGGCAAUCGGGGUGGCUGGCAAUCGGGGUGGCUGGCAAUCGGGGUGGGUGGCAAUCGGGGUGGGUGGCAAUCGGGGUGGGUGGCAAUCGGGGUGGGUGGCAAUCGGGGUGGGUGGCAAUCGGGGUGGGUGGCAAUCGGGGUGGGUGGCAAUCGGGGUGGGUGGCAAUCGGGGUGGGUGGCAAUCGGGGUGGGUGGCAAUCGGGGUGGGUGGCAAUCGGGGUGGGUGGCAAUCGGGGUGGCUGGCAAUCGGGGUGGGUGGCAAUCGGGGUGGCUGGCAAUCGGGGUGGGUGGCAAUCGGGGUGGGUGGCAAUCGGGGUGGCUGGCAAUCGGGGUGGGUGGCAAUCGGGGUGGGUGGCAAUCGGGGUGGGUGGCAAUCGGGGUGGCUGGCAAUCGGGGUGGGUGGCAAUCGGGGUGGGUGGCAAUCGGGGUGGGUGGCAAUCGGGGUGGGUGGCAAUCGGGGUGGCUGGCAAUCGGGGUGGCUGGCAAUCGGGGUGGCUGGCAAUCGGGGUGGGUGGCAAUCGGGGUGGGUGGCAAUCGGGGUGGGUGGCAAUCGGGGUGGGUGGCAAUCGGGGUGGGUGGCAAUCGGGGUGGGUGGCAAUCGGGGUGGGUGGCAAUCGGGGUGGCUGGCAAUCGGGGUGGCUGGCAAUCGGGGUGGCUGGCAAUCGGGGUGGCUGGCAAUCGGGGUGGGUGGCAAUCGGGGUGGGUGGCAAUCGGGGUGGGUGGCAAUAGGGCGGGCGCGACGGGGCAGCAGCAGCAGCAGCAGCAGCAGUGGUACCAGGUGGACAUGGGCGGCAUGGCGCAUGUGGUGGACAGCCUAGUGGACUCGCUGCAGCUCGAUGCCUCGGCAUACAAUGUGAUUGUGCUCAACCUCAAUCGCGCGCGCGCUCGCAAGCGAUACGGGUACAGGCUGGGCCUGUCCAACGCUGAGUUCAACAUGCUCAAGACGGACGACCGCCUGAGGCAGCACCUGCUGUCGCCAGGGCUGGAGAAGGUGCCGCAGGUGCUGGACGAGCAGCACGUGCCACAGCCGCUCUUCUCCUCGCGUCCAGGUCACAAGCUCGCGUGGCGCCACAUUGAGCCGCACGAAAUUCUGCCAUGGGCGGCGCGGGUGACAGCACUGCUGGGGUCGGUGGAGCGGGUGGUGAGCGAGCGGGGGGACCCACGUGCCAACGCGGCCCGCAAGGCGCAGCAGCUGCUCACCUCGGGGGACCCCCGCCGCGCCCGCGCCCUGCGCACCGCCCUGCAGGAGGCCGGCCAGCCGGGCGGCGAGGAUGCCAGCUGGCAGGAGCAGUGCCUCACUGACACGUGGAUUGGCACCCGCAGGUGGGCGCUGAUCGAUCUCUCUGCCGGCCCAUUCUCCUGGGGCCCGCUCUCCCCCGCCCCUCACCGCCCCCCUGCUGCUACCGCCAUCCCCACUGCACCUCUCAACACUGCUGCUGCGGCUGGUGGUGCUGCUGCUGGUGUCAGUAGUGCCGGCGAGGCGUGGGAGGGCGAGUUGAGGGGGCGGUUGGAGCGGCUGGCAGAGGAGAGGUUGGAGGCAGUGGAGGAUGGCGAGGGCGAGGGCGGGGACGGGCAGCACGGCGUGGACGUGCUGCUGGCUGAGCUCGACGUCUACCAGGCGUUUGCCGGGCGCCACUGCAACCACAAUGCUGUCUUGAGUGCUCUCUGCCGAGAGCUGCAGGUGAAGCUGGAGGAGGUGAAGGACGAUUUAGCCAAGCACCAGGGCGGCAGCGCCACGGCCGGCAGUGUGUUCACGGGGCGCAGCGUGCGGGCAGCACUGGAGCGCCUGCACAGCUGGAAGAUCCAAAGCGUGCCGCCCGACAGGCACGCGGGCAAGGGGGAGGCGGGGGAGAGCAGCCCUGCGGUGACGCGCGCGUGGGACAUGCUCAUGGCUGAGCUGGCAGCCACGCUGGCAUCCGCCAUGCGCCACGUCAUCACGCCAUCCACGUCAGCUGGCGCGUACCACUUCUACGAGCGCGUGUCGUUCCACCUCUACGUCAUCUCCCACCAGGCAUACUACGAGAGGCGCCACACGCCGCAGUACGUGGAGGACUUUAAGGCGGAGGUGCAGAAGCUGUGCCUGCCGGGCCAGCGCUUCCACUUCUCCACCUACCGGCUGUCAGUGGCGGAGGACGCAGCCCUGGCAACGGCCUUCUCUGCCUCGCUGCGCGCCGCCGUGCUGCCCUCCGCCUCUGCGGCUGCCAAUGCCAACGCGUCAGCAGGGGGCCGUGUGCAGCUGUACCUGGACUCGCACGUGCUGCAGCACCAGCUGCGCUCGCUGGGGGACGAUAGCAUACAGCGAUUGAAGCGCACGCGGGGGGAGCGCGCGCAGCUGGACGUGCCGGUGUUCUUCUUCGCCAUUGCGUCAGACCCCAUCCUCAUCGACCAAUCGCUGCUCGCCAAGUCACUGCCCGACAUGGUGCUGUCCGUGCAGCUGCCGCAACGCCACUGGCCCACCGGCGUCGCCUGCAAUGGCAAGGAGAUGCACGCUGACCUGCGCGACCCCCUGGCAGCAGUGCUAGCGGCCACAAUGGAGCACCUGGCGGGGCUUCUGCCCGCUCACAUCUCCUUCUCCGCCGCCCACUCCUCUGUCGUUCAGGACUGGCGGUGGGCGGCAGGGGGCCAUCCCUUGGCGGCCAUAGGCGGGGGUCUGCUGGGCGGUGGAGGGGCGAGCAGUGCACACGUAUCGGAGCUGCAGCGGGACGCCAUGGCACGGUCGUUCGUGGUGACGGCGCUGGACGAGGCUGUGGCCACUGUCAACCGCGCCAUUGCUCACCUCGCUGCUGAGACCACCCGUGAGCACUGCCCUCCUCCACCGCUGCCAUGUGUGUGGCCUGUCUGCUGCACCUCGUUAGCCCUCAUCUUUUCUACUAUCAUAUGGCUAUGGUGUUACAGCGUGCUCUACACCCUCUCCCCCCUCCCCUCUUCCAUCCAAUCAGACGAGGACACGUAUGCAGUGUUCAAGCGGAGGGAGAGGCAGCUAGCGGGGCAGUACAAUGCGGUGGUGGAGGGGUGGCGGCGAGUGGCAGCAGCAGUGGAGGCCAUGGACUAUGGGGGCGCGCUGCAGCUGCUGCCAGGCAUUGAGAGCGCCGCUGCAAGGUGCGGUGCUGGGGUGAUGGGGCCGUGA